CAGGAUAGUGUUGUAUCAAUGUAUAACGUGCACAAGCUUUUUAAUUUGAAAUUUGGAGGUAUAACACUGUGCCUUAAUAUACACUGUCACUUUAAUACGUUUAACAUGUAACCUUGAAGAGAUGGGGCACUAAGACAAUGACGAGUAAAGGAUGAUGUUGGAGAAUGUAUUGCAUCGGGAGGUUGUGAAGAUUUGUGAUUGUUAUCAAACAGGUUUAGAAUAAUCUCAAUGAAAGAUAGCAUAGAAGGGCGCGUAUGUGAUACCGCCACCAUGGAUUCCACGGAUGACGCGUACUACAGUGACAUGACCUGCGACACGAGCGUCACAUCAGGAUCGUCAACUGUCGUUCAGACUAGACGAUCUUAUCAAAAGAAACAUCAUAGGACGUCACAGGAUCAUCGGUUGCAUUACCACGCGGAUAAGGAUGACUGUAGCCCGGACAGCGACGAGGCAAUUAAUAGUAAAAUAUUCUCGUUCAUGAGACUGGAGACGGGAAAAAUCGCAUUAAACAAGGGCACGUCACUCCCGUCUGAAUUGGAAGAGCUGGACGGGGAGAGCUGUGACUGCCACUGUGGGGCCUGUUGUAGUUGCCAGAGCAAUGCUCCCGCCACCAGACAUUCGCAGGGUUGCCACGGUUACAAGUACAUGUGCAAGAAAAUGUCGGAGGGAGCUACAGAAUGUCCCAACGCCAGCAGCAGCGAAACCCAGCUUCUACCGAGUCCGACUGCCAUAGAAUCCUGGGGCCAUUUUAGUAAGCACAGACAAAAUCAUUACAAGUACAGACGCAGCGAUUAUUCCAGUGACAGUGACGAAGACGGUGAGGUGAGAUCGAAAAAUCCCACUUUGAAAACAACAGUGCUAGUGAAACAAAAGUCCCAUUUACCGAGUCUUACACUAACGAGACAAAAUUCUACCUCUUCCAACAAGAGUUACGAAACAGCAGCCGCCGAAGGUUACGACGUCUGCUCGUGGAAGGAGGGUGUAAAGCCUUGCACUUUCAAAGAGAGGGUCAAAAUCAUGCUCGAGUGGUUUUCCGAUUUCAAUGAUGAACAAAAAAAUCUUACGCUUAAGGAACUGCUGGUGGGCUGCGAGUUGCCCCAACUUCACCUGCUCUCCGUGAAGAUGGAGGCUAACUUACACCAUGGCUGCCCCCCAAACUGCCAGGACCUGCUGACAUGGCUGCCCACCAACCAGGCAACCAAGAUACUCUCCUACCUUGACCCAGUGAGUCUGUGUAGAGCUUGCCAGGUGUGCAAGGUGUGGAACCAGUUGUCGGAAGAGCUGUCGCUAUGGCGACGCUUCUGUUGCCAACCAAAAUGGCGGCUGUGCAAGGCGGCCGAGCACAAACAGGUGAUCAGUCACAUGUCACACGGCAGUAUACAGUGGAAGAAGGUAUUUGCAGAACGUUAUCGACUACGAAACAAUUGGCUGAAGGGUCGCUGUACUGUGAGAACCUUUGAAGGUCACACGCAGGGAAUCUCCUGCGUGCAGUUUGAUGACACCAGGAUUGUUAGCGGCUCUUCUGACAAAACGAUUAAGGUAUGGAACAUCAGGACCAAUGCCCAGUGGUCCGUGCAGACACUGGUGGGUCACAGUGGCACGGUACGGUGCCUUCACUUGGAGGGUAACAGGCUGGUCAGUGGCUCCUCUGACUGCAUGAUCAAGGUGUGGGAUUUGUCCACUCAAGAGAGCUGGUCAAGCAUCGCGUGUAAGGUGACCAUGACUGGACACUCGGACACGGUCAGAUGUCUGCAGGUGGAUGAUGUGAAGGUGAUCAGUGGUUCCUAUGACAAGUCCCUUAAGAUCUGGGACCUGCACACUGGACAGUGCACCAUGACCUUGAGGGGCCACAUGGCUGCAGUGUUAUGUGUUCACUUCAACGAUACAAAGGUUGUGUCAGGGUCAUGUGACAAAACGAUCAAGGUGUGGAAUUACCAGGGCUUGUGCAUAAUGACCUUGGCGGGUCACCAGGACGCUGUGACUUGCCUGCAGUUCGACUUGACGCGGAUCGUGAGCGGCUCACUGGACUGUAACCUCAAGAUCUGGGACAUCCACUCUGGCGAGUGCGUGAACACCAUCGACUGGAAGGCCGCUGAAGGUCACACGGGGGUCGUGCGGUGUCUGCAGGCCGACAGCUGGAGGCUCGUGAGUGCGGCGGACGAUAAAACAAUCAAGGUGUGGAAUCUUGAGACAGGCAAGCGCCUGGUGACCUUAAGAAACCAUUCGGAUGGCGUCACGUGCCUGCAGUUCAACGACUUUAUCAUCGUGUCGGGAUCUUACGACAAGACUGUUAAACUCUGGGACUUUAGCUCAUGUUAAUUUGCUCUUACCACGUGCUACGUUGUUUACUGACAUCCUCGUGUUGUGUUCACUCAUAUCACAAUUCUCUUGGUAUCUGCAAAUUGAAACAAUUAAUGAAGAACUGUUAAUUGUGUGUUUUCUAAUUUAAUUUUAUACAUCAAUGAACCGUUAAUUAUUUUUUUCUAAUUGGAUUUUAAGCAUCAGUGAACCUUCAAGAAGUUUAUUUGAUAUCAUUGAAAUGAAGAAAAAAUAUUCUGGAUACAUUUUUUGUUAUUUUUAACCCAUUCAUGCCUAGAGUCUAGAAAAAAGGCCUUGGCAAACAGCGUAGACCCAGAUGAGACGCCACAUGAUGCGGCGUCUCAUCAGGGUCUGCGCUGUUUGCUUAAAGGAAUUUCUGUAAGGAAUAUUCUAAAUAUAGAAAUAAAUAUACUAGACAUCCCUAAUUUUGGAAAUAAAUUGAUCCAAUUUAGAAGGAUGGGAGAGUCCACUAGGCAUAAAUGGGUUAAUAAAUCAUUUGCAGACUGGACUGAGGGAUUGAAUUCAUGCCUUAGGUUGUAAACCUCAAUUUUAUCAUUUUUGUUGUUAGUUGUUUGUCAAUAUGUUAGUGAUGUUUGUUUUUCAAAUUUUUCUUUCGUUUUUACUUUGUUUUUAUAUUCAGCAUUGGACAAACAAUGCUUAUUAUCAUAAGCAUUUGUCCACAUUUGUGACAUUAACAAGUUCAUGUUGUUCCACAACCAGUAUUGUUUUUGGACCAUUAUUAUCAUAAGCAUUUGUCCACAUUUGUGACAUUAACAAGUUCAUGUUGUUCCACAACCAGUAUUGUUUUUGGACCACUCCGUUUAGAAUUUAUAAGCAUGUUUUUUGUAAAAUUAAAAGUUGUUGGUUGUUUGAAGUGUGUGAUAAAAAGAUCUAACCCUCAUUCUCGUUUCAGAGCAAAGCUAAACUUACUGACAAAAUUCCUUAAAUAAUUUAAGAAUGUAUGCUAGUACCCAGUAAUUAUCACUGGUAAUAGAGGGUAGAACACAAUAUUGUUGAACUGAGAACAGUAAUGUCUACUCAGGUGUAAGCUAUCUUCUCUUUCGGUGUGUGAUAUUUAUAUUGAUUUAUUAAAUUAAUUAUGUUUAUUUUUGUUUCACUAAACUCAAUCCUGUACUUUGUUUGAAAUCUUGGUCACCAUCGCAAUCAGCAGAAAUGACAAAUUAUUUGCAUAAUGUUUUACUGUGUUUGAUAAAAAACAAACAUUUCACAACCUGUAUCUAUAAACAUAAAGACUUUAUCUUUAAAUACUUUAUCUCUAGUUAAAGAACAGGGAAAUAAGCUUUUCACAGUUUUCAGUACCAGCACAAACAUUAAGCAUGUAAAGUUUCAUUUGGACAUGUAAUUAUUAAAAACAGAAAUAAAAAAACAAAAAAAACAAGGUGUAUUUAAUAUAAAAUUUCAUGCUUCAAAGAAUUGAGUAAUAUAUUGCCCAUGCUAAGUGUGUGUUGUAUAUUAUUAUAAAGGUAAUCAUAGUCUUGAAAAAAUAAUGCUGUAUGUGAUGCAGAAUUGGUCAUUAAUAUUUGCUCACAAAUACAAUACAAUGUACUAAGUCUUUGUGUAUUUUAUAAGAUGUAAUAUUUUGUAAAGAAUAUUCUUAUCAGAGUGCAUGUCAUUGCACAUAUGCUGUUAAAGGUAGAUGAUAGAUAAGUUAUAUAUCAAGCUUAUUUUUGAAGAAAGAUAUUUGCAAUCUGCCACUUUACUGUU